GGUUCUUGCAAUGAAUCUCAUAAACGGGAUAAGGAUACUGGAUAAGGACACAGACAUACUUUCAAUGGUGGAAUGGAUACCAACAUAUAGAGUUAUUGAGAUAUACUUAGAGCAUAAUCAAGAAAUGCAUGAAGCUAACGUAGGUAGAAAUAAAGAUGAGAGGAAUAAGCACGAUUCAGGUGGCUCUGAUUACUCUAAUUUAGCAAUUGGUCAUGACACUGGUUAUGGAAUGACUGAUAAUGAUUUAAUGUUUGAUACCAAUGUUGACAACAUGGCUGAAGGUAAUGGAGUAAAUUCUAAAUCGAAGCUGGGGCCAUCAGUUGAAGCUGUUGUGGGACCAUUAUAA